UCUGUGAAUUUAACCUUCUCGAAUUCUGUUUUUGUCAUUGAAUAAAGACAAGACUUUUGUCAGAUUGUUAUUUUAAUUUGUUUAAUUACAUUUUUAUUCGUCUAUUAUUGAAUUUUACUCAGAUGAACUAGAAUCGAAAUAUUUAGCAAAAUGGAGCCAACUGUAGAUGAGAGUACGAAAAUUUCUCUUGGUGAUUUUAUACAAGUUCUCAUAGAGGAAGAAGAUAGCUGUGACACAUUUAAGGUUAAGACUAGAGAUUUAGAUGAUGUGAAAAAACUUACUGAUGGAAGCCAAGUUGAUAAAAGAGAAGCAUUAAUAUCCAAUAUUGAAAGUAAUGGUAAUUCUACUGACCCAUCUGAGCCAGCGCAAGAACACCAGGAGGAUCAAAGCAAUAAUCAAUCAAUCUCUGAACAGAAGAUUGUUAAGGAAACUGUUGAUUCACAGCAACAAAAUUGUCAAUUUUGUGAGUUUUCCUCUCAAAAUGAAGGAGAACUCAAUAUUCAUAUAAAUACCAAUCAUCAGUGUCAUAUAUGUGAUUUUACAUCAAAUCAGAAAGUUUCCCUCAAAGCACAUAUAAAUUCUGUACAUUUGAAUUCAAGGUCACAUAAGUGUGACAUGUGUGAUUAUACAACGAAUCAGAAAUCUCUUUUAAAAAAACACAUGAAUUCUGUUCAUUUGAUUUCAAAGCAACAUAAGUGUAAUUUAUGCGGUUUUAGCUCAAAUCGCAAAUCUGAACUCAAAAGGCACACAGAUUCUGUCCAUCUGAAUUUAAAGCCUCAUAAAUGUGACUUAUGUGAUUAUGCUACAAAUCAGAAAUCACGUUUGAAAACACAUGUAGAUUCCGUUCAUUUGGAUUUGAAGCAACACAAGUGUCACUUGUGUGAAUUCAGGACAAAUCAGAAAGUUUCUCUUAAAGGACAUAUAAAUUCUGUUCAUUUGAAUUCAAACCAACACAAGUGUCACUUAUGUGAUUUCAGGUCAAAUUACAAAUCUCACCUUCAAAGGCAUAAGGAUUCUGUACAUUUGAAAUCAAAACCAUACAAGUGUGACAUAUGUGAUUAUACUACAAAUCAGAAAUAUCAUCUGAAACCCCACAUAGUUUCUGUUCAUUUGAAUUUGAAGGCAUAUAAAUGUGACUUAUGUGAUAAUGCUUUCAAUGAAAAAUCUAGUCUUAAACGUCAUUUAGAUUAUGUUCAUUUUAAGUCGAAAAAAGAAAACUGAAGAUCAAUAUAAUUUUGAAAUUUCUCUUCUUUUGGAAACUUUAUAUGAUUAUGUGAAACAUUAUAUGUAUAGUGUUAUAAACUUGUUACUUCCAUUAUUUUAUUGUAUAUUAUACUAUGUUUCAAAAUAAAUUUAAAUUCUAAAAUUA